CACAACUCACAACUUACACAGUCUUACUCAGUCUACUCACCAGUCACCAUAUUUAUUCCGGUUAAAUUUUCAAAAAAUUUGAUUUGUUCAAAUAUUUGACACAAUUCCCAUUUACAGUGUUUGAGAAACAGAUCUUAAAGAUUCAACUGUAAUCUUAGUUUUGCAUUUUAAAUACAUCUAAUAUAUUUUGCUCAGUUAAAUAUGUCAAAACUCUCAGUGAAGACCAACGACAAUGUCACAUUAUGUGUUUUGGUAUCCGAUGAAAAUCCAGAACUAAAAUUUAUACUUCUAGAUAACGAACCUUUAAUAUUGGGUAGAACACAACAGACUGGAAUAGUUGAUCAAAGAAUGUCGAAAAAUCAAAUGAAAUUUGUUGCUGACUAUUCUACGGCUCGUGUAUUGGUUGAACAAUUAGGUAGCAACAGGUCAGCUGUUAACAACGAAUCUAUGAUAAAAGGAGAAAAGAGACUCUUAAACCAUGGAGACAAAGUGUCAUUGUUGUUUAACAGCAAUUUUACAUAUCAUUUGGAUUUUGUUACACCUCCUACUUAUGGUGUAGACUCCAAUAAAAGGACAACUAAUUGCUUAGAGAAAGAAAUUUCACCUAAAAAACCUCGCUCAGAUUCUACAUCUAAAUGGGAAACUAGAGAUGGUACGUUGUUGGUGUAUAAUAGUUCAAAUAUUGUUCAUAAAAAUAAGAUAGCAGCAUUUGAUAUGGAUGGAACACUUAUUGUUACACAGUCUGGUAAAGUUUUCCCUGUUGAUGAGAAUGACUGGCAAAUUUAUAGCCCAGAAGUUAUUACAUCUAUUAAGAAAUUGUCUGAUGACGGUUACAAAAUAGUUAUAUUUACUAAUCAAGGAGGUAUUGGGGUUAAUAAAGUAAAUGAAAAAACAUUUAAAAAGAAAAUUGAAAAUAUUCUCAAAGUGAUUAAAACACCAGUUCAAGUAUAUAUAGCCACUCGAAAAGAUAUAUACAGAAAACCUGCUCCAGGAAUGUGGAAUAUUUUGGUUUCUGAUUACAAUGGAGGUUUAUCAAUUGACAUGGAUAAAAGUUUAUUUUGUGGUGAUGCAGCAGGCCGGCCUGCUCGUUCCAGUGCUGAUGGCAAACAAAUUAAAAAAGAUCAUUCAUGUUGCGACCGCUUAUUUGCCAUGAAUAUUGGUCUCAAAUUUUAUACUCCUGAAGAAUAUUUUUUAAAAGAAUCUAUUGAAGAAUUGUAUGCAUUACCAGUAUUUAAUCCAAACGAUGUGAUGUCUAAUAUCCUCUACACAGAUUUAACAUCUAAAGCUUUGUUUUCUCCUAAUAAAGAAAUGAUCAUUAUGGUUGGUUGUCCUGGUUCAGGGAAAAGUUAUUUUGCAUCAAAUAAAUUAUUUUGUCAUGACCGAAUGAAAAUAAUUAACAGAGAUACACUAGGCUCAUGGCAAAAAUGUGUUUCUGAGGCUAAAAAAUACUUAAGUGGUGUUAGUUGGAGUGUAGUAAUUGACAAUACAAAUCCUGAUAUAGAAUCAAGAAAACGCUUCAUUGAUAUAGCUAAAAGUUUAAAAAUCCCAUGUCGAGUAUUUUUAAUGAAUGUAUCCAAAGACCAUGCAAAACAUAACAACAAAUUUCGAGAACUAACUGAUAGAAAACACCAAAAAGUAUCAGAUGCUGCAAUUCAUUUUUACUUUUCAAAAUUCCAAGAACCAUCCAAAAAUGAAGGUAUUGACGAAAUAGUUAAAAUAAAUUUUGUUCCUCAUUUUAAAGAUCCUGAGCAUGAGAAACUAUAUAAAAUGUUCUUGCUCUGAUAUAAGUAAUUUUUAAUUCUUUUAAAAGUUUACUAUAUUCAAAUUUUAAUUGUAUAAUUUAUUGAGAAUAUUACGUUAUUUUAAGUAUUAAUUUAUAGCAAAUUAUAAAUGCAUAAAUAACUUUUUAAAAUGUAAUCAUAUAAACUAAAAUGUGUUCUAAUUUAAACGGUUUUGUUGUAGUAAACUGUUUCUCUUUGUAAAUAUAUAUAGUUAAUAAAAAUCUAAUUUAAUAUAUUGAUGAA